UGCAGUAUCAGUUUGCAAUUUUUUUAUAUUGUACGCUCGUUAUUUUUUCAUCUAGAAUUUAUUUGUAUCAAGUGUGAAGGAAUAAUAUUAUAAAAAAAGAAAAAUGCCAAAGAAACCGAUAAGAAAUGCAUUUUACUACUAUAUGUUGGAUUUCAAAGAAGAACAAAAAAAAAUAGGCAUAAAUUACGCAAACCUGGCAGAUGUGGCUACCGCCGCUGGCCCUUCAUGGAGUAGGGCACCACCACCUGUAAGGUCUAAAUUUGAAGCUAUAGCAAAGCAAGAGAAACAGAAAAAAAAUGUUCCUGACUUGAAGUUUACAUCCAAUGGUGUAUCAUUGGCUGAAAUAGAGCGACAGGAGAAGGAACUCCGGGAUGCAGAAGAAGCUGAACGCAAAGACAUCAACAAUUUAGUCAAGUUGAAAAGCUUUAAUGGCAGUAUUAAAUAUGAAGAUAUAUACCUGAUGGAUGUGAACUUCUAUUGUAAAGCAGGCACAGAAUAUGUAAUUGGUGAGAGUACCAUCUUGCGAUUCAAUCUUCAAGAUGGUAUCAAGGAUAUAUAUCAUGAAUUGAUCAAUCCUCCUCACAUACCGAUUGGUUAUGCUUCUGACAUAAAAAUAGGAAGCCAAGAAUAUGGUUUGGAAAUGCCGGACGAUACUCAAAGUCGCAGUAAUUUCAUGCAAAUAUUAGCAAACUGUGUGGAUUAUUUGAAACAACAAGAUCCCAAUGUAAAUUCCCUGCCGCCGAUUUUCACUAUUCCUGAUAAAAUUGCGCCAGUCCAAGACUUCAUAUUACAAAUGUGUAGCAAAGCUGCUGAAGAUGACAGCAUAUUCAGGAUAUACAAGCUUGAUACUCUAUUCUUCACACUGAUUAAUGCCAUCAAAUCUCGCAGUGACGAAGGUUUUCCCAAGGAGUCACUUGCAUUAGCUCAGUUGAAAAAAGAUCUAUUUAAAUAUACACCUGGUAUUGGAUGUGAGACCCAUGAAAAUGCUGAUAAGUCUAUAGAAUGCACCAUUUCUCGCACAAAAAGAUGGGCCUACACCAUUCUCGACAGUUGCUGUCCAGUUGUUGGCAUUGAACUUGAGCCGGGGAAACAUAUUCCUGUGGACUACGAUAUGGACAGUAUUCAUACGUAUAAAGAACAAAAGAGAGUUCGUGCCGGCCCGUCUGUAGCGAACGCCAUCGCCACGACUUCGUAUGCCAGUUCGUCAGUGCAUAAUGAAGGCACCAGUGACUCAUUUAAUUGCAGCAACUUGAACUCCACUUUAGAUAGUUCUCUGAGAGAAAAACGAACACAUCAGCCCUUGCGCUUACCGAAAAUUGACUAUUCGCAGAGCAUUCGUCCCGCUCCUGAACUCACCGAAGACAACUUUCCAAAACUAUCUGCCGGUCGAGGUCGCGGCCUACGUGGCAGCUUCGAUAAUAUGAGAAAGAAGAAAUAAAUUUGUACAACUAUACUCAUGCGUAUUCUCUAAACAUGCUUGAGGAAAAAUUUACGAGAGGUAUGCCGUUUAACGUGUUUCUCAAAUGAUUUGUGUACUUAACGCCAUAAGCAGUUAUGUUUUAAAGACGAAAUUACUUAUACACGAUGAGUACCCCAACUCUUCUGUGCAUCCUGUAUAAUUAACACUUUUCUGACCGGAUACGAGUUUAAUUGUAAUUUCACUUGCAUUAUCUAGUCUAUCAAUAGUGAAGUGGUUUAUUUAGUAUGACGUACUUCAAUGUUCUAUUUCAAAAUAUUAGCCGCUGACAUAGGUUCGCUGUAAAAUUGUUUUGGUCAACAAAGUGUUAAUAAAAAUUUUAAAAUAUGUCAAAAUGUACCCUUACUCCUAAAGAUGCCAAUCGCCUUAAUAACCUCUUUUGACUAUUGCAUUCAUUUGUUCUUUCUCAUAUUAAAUUGUGAUGGAAUUGCAAUAGUUGAAAUAGUUUCGAAGGAAAUUAUACUUUUUUAUAUUAUAUGGUUAUAAACCAUUUAAAUUUUAAGCUCAACUUAUGGAUAUGUUAAUUAGGUAUGCAUUUUUGUAAGUGAGUGCUAUUUUUGUGAUAUUAAUAGUUAUCUACACCUAUUAAAAUGACAUUAUUUUUCUAUUGUUACGUAUUAUGUAGUGUUAAACUUAUUUUUGUAUUCGUGUUGUUAUGUAUUAUAGAAAGUACAACUAUGACGAUAUCAAAUUUAACGUCCAUUUCAUUUUAAAGGUUCGAGGUUGUUCAUUCUUUUAAGAAAGUAACUUAAAUGACAUAUCUUGUAGUUUCACUAAAAUAACUAUUUUAUUAAUCAUUUCAAUGUUGGAAACAUAUAGUCUAUAAUUUUUACCAGUAUUCACUAUUUAAAUACUCCCCAAUGGCAUCUAUUAUUUUAAUCUACACCUUAAAUACAUAUUCUUGAGGCAGAUGUAUUUUAGCACGUCUGGUGCGUUUGCAUUUAUUAUUGUUGUUAAAAAUAAGUAUUAGUGUUAAAAUAAGUGUCAUAUUAAAUCAUAGAUAUUGCUAAAUUCUUAUCUGUCACUUAGUGUAGAAAACUAAACCUAAUUAGAUGGGACAAUGCUGCAUUCAUGAGUAUACCCAGCUUCCGACUUCAGUAGGGAGAAUAUAUUGAUUGUUCCUCUUAUGAUUAUUACCUCUUAUAUUAGGAUUUAAAAAAAAAUGGAUGUUCUGGUAUAUUACUACAUGUAGAUUUACUGUGUCUGUUUGUCUCAUCUGCUACUGCCGCCAGUAUCUUCUUAAGUUUUUUGGCAGUUUGAACUAUAAAAAUAUGGCAAUGUAUUUGCAAGAUAAAGAGACUUGAAACCUUAGUGCAUAAGAUUAGUAAGACUUAAGACGUACCACAGUGUAUCAUAAUUAUUAUGGGAUACUCUUUUUUAAUUUCUAUUACGACGACGACGACAUUAGUAUGCGUCGAAUGACUCAUAGGAAGUAGACCAAAAACUUAUGUGCUUAUAAUUAAAGCUAUUUUGAAUAUAAUUUUGUCUUAGUUAUUUUUAAACUUUCGUGUUUAAUGUACAUUAUUUAUAUUAUUAACCGGAUUUUAGCACGAAUAAUUUUAGGUUGCACUAGCUCACACAGUCAGCUCGUGACCACGGCUAGCGCAAUCUAGUCGAAAUGUUGAGAGACAUAAAUACCUUUAUUUACCAUAAAAUUACUCGUGUUAAGACCCGGUAAAUAUAUACAAAUAAUGUAUAUUAAUCACGAAAAUUUAAUUAUUAUGUCUUAUUUGUAAAAAAAUGUUAUUUUUUUGUUUUUAUGACAAAGAUUUUGUUACUGUUGAACUUUAAAAAAUAUGCUGAAUGCAAGAAUCUCGUGUUACAUUUGUUUUAUGACAUAUGGUUUAAUAAUUUGGAUUCUUUAUUAUUAUUGUUUCUUUAUUUCAUUAUAAUACUUUGUGGUAAUUUGUGAGAUAACAUUUUUAAAUCGAAUAGUAAGUGAAGUAAAUCUCUAUUUUGCCUGGAUCUAUGCAUUUAUUCAUAAUAAUUUGUGAAAUUUCACAAAUGUGUACUGACAGACAAAAGAAGGCAUCUUUUUUUCUCAUUCCUAGAUCUAGGUUAGAUAUAGAACUUACAGAAUCAAAGAUAAUAUCCAAUGUGUCUAAUAAACUAUAUACUACAUUCUUAAAAAUAGGAUAAAAAUCGAAACCACGUCUGGUUAGAAAAAAAAAAUUUAAUGUGAUCAACAU